UCACUCUUGACUUGGACGGCGUAGAGGAUUGUUUCUUUGUGAUUAUGAUAUAGAGAUAAAUUUGGUGAAUUAAUUACAAGUCCUGUACGUUGAAUCAAUUACAAGUUCAUUUUAAAUUUAAACUUUUUUCUCCACUUUGGGAUUUUUGAAGUACCUACUUUAACAUAAAGAACAGGCUAAAAUUCAGCGAGGCUGAAACUUCAUCGAGCUCGACACCUCGUGGCGACACUGGUAUUCAAGAUAAAGUUGUGAAGCUCAUAUCUAAUAAGAUACUCCAAACGGUCAUGCAUAUAAUUAUUCAUUCCGUAUGUCAAGACGUUGGCCGAGGCGUUCUGGGACGUUCAAACUUGGCGCGCGAACGCGGGCCAAUGCUCGGCGGGGACGGCCAUGCUGCUCGGCCGCGAUGCUCCCAACUCCGGACUCCGGCGAUGUUUGUGCGUGCCUGGCACGACUGCGGUCCCACUAUCGCGCUCGCCGUCUCCGUCGUCGCGUGAGAAGGCCCGCGGACACACGGUGCACGACAAGCGUCCCGACAAUACGAGUGUGCCCGUCUGAUCUCCCCGUGCAUUGACAUGUCAAGUCAAAUAUGUCUAAAGUGGAACAGUUUUCUCAGCAAUAUCGCGACCAGCUUCGAGAGCCUGUGGGAGGAAGAGGGCCUGGUGGACGUGACUCUCGCGAGUGACGGACAGUGCCUCACAGCGCACAAGGUGAUACUCUCGGCCAGCAGUCCCUUUUUCAAGAAGGUCUUCCAGACAAACCCAUGCCAGCAUCCAGUUGUAAUACUUCAAGAUGUACACUUUAGUGAAUUGGAGGCACUAUUAAUAUUUAUAUAUAAAGGAGAGGUAAAUAUUGAGCAAAAGAAUUUACCAGCGCUUUUAAAAGCAGCAGAGACAUUACAAAUUCGUGGCUUGUCUGGUGGGGACAUCUUUGCAAAGGAGUCAUACAAACGACUGGCCGAGUUAGAACAGGCAGUGUCUGAUGAUGCUCCACUGAGCAAAGAUGAGGUACCUAAAAAGAAACAGAAAGUUAGCAAACAACAAAAUAAUUCUAUCUUGGAGAAAGUACUAACACCUAGAAUAUCGCAAUCGGAAAAUACAAAUGAGUCUGCUGCCAGUGACCAAAGCGCAAAGGAUGGAGACUAUAUGCUGCCUGAAACAUUACCUAAUCCAGUGUAUCAUCGUUUGGAGAUGAAAAUAGAACCAUUGGAAAUGGCGGUAGACGACCUGCAGAAACGAUCUCCAUUAGAUAAAGAUCCAACAGAGAGGCUGGACACAGGACAAACAGAUGGGAAUCAAGGGUCUGGGAACAGCCCUGCUGAAGACAUUUCCGGUUUAUCUGGCUUGUCCGGGCUAAGCGGAUUCUCGGAUGUCAAACCGAUGCUUUACUCGUAUCAGCAUCUACCUUACGCCGAUCUUCUGCCAAAUCCGGACAUAAUUUCGAAUUGGGCGUCGACCCGGCCGAUGGACCAUUUGGCCUGCGACCUUAUGAAAAUACUCUUCACGCCGGAAGAGAGGAUCCUCUGCAACGUUAACGGCAAGAUGGGCAAGCAACAGUUCGAUAGCAACAAGAUACAUUUAAUUCGAGAAGUCCUGUUGCAUUUUAGCGGUAUAGCGCCUAACAGCAUCGAGUGGGAGGAGGCUUGGAAGAAUUGCGUAACCAAAAUCGACACUAGUAAUAGGGGCUUGAAAAGGUAUCUGUUUCAGAGACGUUCGGUCUACACCCAAUGACUAGGGCGUUUUAGGUCAGGGGUCAAACGGAAACGUUUCCACUGGCUGGAAUAGGAUCGUUCUUAUAUAAACCCGUCACCCCGUUCAUUCCCAUACAAACGUAGGAUGACUCGUUCCUCGCUUGUUCCAUCUUGGUAUAAGCUUUCGCGCUUUAUAUUUAGGACAUUGUAAAAAUAAAAAUAAAAAAAAAAUUGAUGUAAGUAAACAGUAAGUUAUGCGCGUGUAGCAUGUAGCCAAGGGAAGAAGAGACGGAUGGUCAAUCACGUAUGAUUAAAAUCACAGAAUUAACGUGUAAUUGGAUUGGAAUAUGCUCGUUUUUCGAUCUACGAUGACGUUUCUACGCCGUAGAUGUCGGGGUGACAGGGUACCUAGUAGACGCAAUCGAAUUAUUUAUACGCUUCAGGUUCGCCGCUCGGCGUGAUGGGUGGCGGACGAUCGAAUAAUUCUAAGCCUUCCUUUAAUAGUUUCUUUCUAAUUUUCACCUUAUGAAGGGGUACCUCGAGAUAAUUCGUUUGAUCUCUUCUCCUAUCUCACUUUUCGCAGUUGCACACCGCGUGCUUAAGAAUCUCCCCGCUUUUCUCUCUCUGAUGACGCGUUCACGAGUCCAGAUCGAUCGUUCAUCCGCCUGUUAUCUUUGUUUCAUGUAUAGCACCUUGAAUAACAUUCCUUCUUACUCUUUAGUUACGGUUCAUGCGAGAAUUCGCUUUUACAGUAAAAAUCGCGAUACGAUUAAAAAGCAUAUACCAGGGAGGCACGCGAGUCUCCCUUUCUCUCUCGCACUCGAAUAUACACAUCACGUAUUCGUUCACACGCAUUACCAAUACACGGACAACAUGCGCGUGUGUAUAUAUAUAUAUGCGUUUGUUAUGCGGAAAUGUGCAGUAUAUACACGGGCGUGCAUACGCGAUACGCGUGUCCAGUUAGAGGUAUAUGUAUGUAUAUAUAUAUAUGUACGAAGAUACGUUUCGGUCGUGUUGAUCACGUGCGUGCGUGAACGUGCUGCACGACCACGGCAAUUCUAUGUACACUUAAAGAAGCAAAAGAAAAAGCGUAGCUCUUACGACAGGAAUAGUGAUUUAAGACAUGCUUGUAGAAAGUAUUUAAAUCGCAGCAGAGGGUCGCUCAGCAUGCGCCACGAACUAUUAGGGUAUACGUUGCGAAUCAACGUGCGAUUUCUAUUGCGCGUUUUUUUCUCGAGACUCGCGCAAGUGUUCUUUGAUCUCUUGUUUAUUUGUAAAGUCGUAUUGAUUCUUUUUUUUCGGUUGCGCGGGCGUUCAUCAUUGGAGCACAUCGAUAGCUUCGAAGCGAUAUUAUUUAAAUCAAUAUUAUUGUAGAAAAGACAAACGACUGGUCGCAAAUAAACAUAUUUUACAUUUUUAA